AUGUCUUCUUUCAAUCCUACCAAUGUCAAUCUGGAUACAGCCAGUUCCGAAGAUGUGCUAUGCUACAUGGCCAUUUCUGAAAAUGAAUACAAUGGCCAUCUAGGGGCACGUAUUUCGUCUAUCUUUGUGAUUCUUUUCGUUUCAUCUGCCUUCACCGUCUUCCCCGUCUUCUCUCAACGAAUGCCAAGAUGGAAAAUUCCAUUCAGCGUAUACAUUUUUGCCAGAUACUUCGGAACAGGUGUCAUUUUGGCUACGGCUUUCGUCCAUCUCCUUGAUCCUGCGUAUAAACGAAUCGGUCCGAAAACCUGCGUUGGAGUAUCUGGGUACUGGGGGGAAUAUUCUUGGUGUGCAGCCAUUGUUCUUGCGUCUGUGGUUAUUAUCUUCUUGUUAGAUCUUGCCGCUGAGGUCUAUGUUGAGCAUAAAUAUGGUGUUCAUCGAGAUGAAGAUGCGACCAAUGCUUUCAUUCAACAUCAUGAUCACCUUGACUCGAAUGGGGAAUCUACCUCUGUCCAAGACCUGGAGAAGACUACACCCACGCCAAUCUCCAAUAAAAAGCCGGCUGAUUUGACAUCCUCGGGAGACUCUGUCAUAGCCGAACGAUCAUUCCGUCAACAGAUCGCAGCCUUUCUUCUUCUGGAAUUCGGUAUCAUCUUCCACUCCGUCAUUAUCGGACUUAACCUUGGUGUUACCGGCUCCGAAUUCUCAACUUUAUACCCAGUCCUAGUCUUCCAUCAAUCCUUCGAGGGACUCGGUAUCGGAGCUAGAAUGUCUGCUAUCCCCUUUGGAGACCAUACUUGGCUUCCCUGGAUCCUAUGCGCAGUUUACGGCUUGACUACUCCUAUUUCAAUCGCGAUUGGCUUGGGUGUGCGCACUACCUAUGCGCCGGGAUCUAAAGUGUCGUUGAUUAUUCAAGGCGUACUUAAUGCUGUAUCUGCUGGAAUCUUGAUUUAUAGUAGCUUGGUGGAGCUUCUCGCUAGAGAUUUCUUGUUUGAUCCGUGUCGGACAAAGCGCCGAUCUCGACUCUUGUUUAUGGUUGCGUGCACUUUGUUGGGAGCGGGAAUUAUGGCGUUGAUUGGAAAAUGGGCUUAA